CCUUCCCCAUGUAGUUGCAGAUGAUGACGAUUCGCUUUACGAAAUCCAGUAGGUCCAGUUUCUCCCUCCCGUGCGUUUUGGCAGAUUGUCAAAUGCCUUUUCAUUAUAUACACAUGAACCUGCAGUGCCUCCUCCUUUUCCUCCUUCUCCUCCCCCUCCUUCGCCUGCUGCCUCUCCAUGACAUCAUUGGAACAGCAGGAGGAGGGGGGGCGAAGGAGAGAGGGGGCCUCUGCAAAUAGACCUUACACAAAGUCAGCGCCCCUUCGCCGGGCAUUUUACAUGAAGGGCAUGGGCGGCGCACACAUCGCUUCCUGUUACAAAUCCCAUAUGCAGACGUGCGUCCUGCUGCUCUGCAGAUCUAGUCGAGGGAGUUGUAAAGCUUUGGCGCUUGCACGCUGUUGGAGAUGCAGACGUUUGACCCAGUGUGAAACCUGCACGGAGGAGAGAGGUUAGGUAGUGUGUGUGUGCAUACACACCCCCGUGCAGGAAGUUUGCACGGGCCCCGCUCUUGAAUAUGCGAUUCCAUGUGCUAUUAACUAUAGGUGCACGGAGAUAGUCAGGCAACGUUGGGUUAAUGAACUCUCCACAGCACAGACGCAAACACUUCUUGUUGUUGUUUUUGAAGGAUAGCUACGUUGCCUCCUGCAUAUGAAGGGUGCGGUUGAUCAUCGGUAGGGAUAAGGGAGACAGGAGGAAAUCGAUGCUCUGUUUUUUCGUAUUAGCUGAAAAUUCGAAUGUGUAACCAGAAGCUGUUUCCAAGCGAUUGCAAAAGGAUCUUCCAAAUUCAGUUUUCCUAAACUGGGUCACUUGACAAAGAAGGAAAAAGAGACAAGCCAGCAGCAGUAGGGAAGGGCGGGAUAAUGUUACAGCUGCUUGGCCUUUUUGCACGCGUAUUUCCGCUCCCCCACCCGACCCCAAAUCCUUAGGACUCCCACCCAAUGAUGGAGAGACAGGUGGCGCGGUGACCUAGCUUGAGAAGAUCUUAUGCAGCUCACUGCAGGGUGGGGCGAUGCUUCUAUGGCUCCUGAGUUGAGGUGGGGGUUGCACUUUUCAAGAAGAGCUUAGCAUAGCUGUCAUAAAUCAGAAAGAGCAGCGCGCAGUAUUAGUGUGCAUGUUCUCAUCUGACUUGAGCGAACAGCUACUGCAUGGUGCGCCCUCCAGUGGAAGGUUGGUUUCUUCAUCCCAAAGUGGGCUCGUCAAAUCAAACACCAGCGCGACGCUAACGGUUUUGAGGCAGAAUUCAUACAAGGAGGAAAGCGGGGGGUUAGCAGAACAUUUAUUCUCCAGAUGCAGUUAAAGGCUUCAAGGACCCCAACAGGCAACUCCUGGGCACUUUCAGCAUCCUGCCAGGGGAGUCGUGCUCAUCAUGAUGGAAGGGGCUUCUCUUCUGUGCUGUGGCCCACUUCAUCAAGUGAAAAAGAGGCACCAAAACAGGACCAUGAAAGAUUUGGGGGACAAGUGGUGUUUCCUUUGAUCAAUCUGGUGUAAGGUCAAGAUGCGUAAAGAUAAAGCAGGAUCCGGCAAGGAAAGAGCGGACUUUGAAAGAAGAAGGACCAGGCUGCCCAUAUACUACUUCCCUGCCCUGAGGAAAAUCCCAUUAUCCACUUCAAAAUGAAAUCUGACACCACUGAAUAGCACUAGUUCAGAAAUAAGAAUAGUCUAUAUAUUAAUUGGUAUUUCAGGAGAUGAUGACAGGCUGGCAUUUCAGGAGGACCUCCCCACUUCUGCAGCCAGAACCAGGACAGUCCUACCCACCCCCUUCUGCAGCAGGACCAACUUCAGUCCUGACCUCCUUCUGCAGCCAGCCCUGGGAUGGUCCCACACCCCCCUUCUGCAGCCAGCCCCGGGACAGUCCCGCACCCCCCUUCUGCAGCCAGCUCCGUGACGGUCCCGCACCCCUCUUCUGCAUCCUGCACCUCCCUUCUGCAGCCAGCCCCGGGACAGUCCCGCACCCCCCUUCUGCAGCCGGCCCCGGGACAGUCCCGUACCCCCCUUCUGCAGCCGGCCCCGGGACAGUCCCGUACCCCCCUUCUGCAGCCGGCCCCGGGACAGUCCCGUACCCCCCUUCUGCAGCCGGCCCCAGGACAGUCCCGUACCCCCCUUCUGCAGCCGGCCCCGGGACAGUCCCGUACCCCCCUUCUGCAGCCGGCCCCGGGGCUGUCCCGUACCCCCCUUCUGCAGCCGGAACCGGGGCUGUCCCGUACCCCCCUUCUGCAGCCGGAACCGGGGCUGUCCCGUACCCCCCUUCUGCAGCCGGAACCGGGGCUGUCCCGUACCCCCCUUCUGCAGCCGGCCCCGGGGCUGUCCCGUACCCCCCUUCUGCAGCCGGAACCGGGGCUGUCCCGCACCCCCCUUCUGCAGCCGGAACCGGGGCUGUCCCGUACCCCCCUUCUGCAGCCGGAACCGGGGCUGUCCCGUACCCCCCUUCUGCAGCCGGAACCGGGGCUGUCCCGUACCCCCCUUCUGCAGCCGGCCCCGGGGCUGUCCCGUACCCCCCUUCUGCAGCCGGCCCUGGGGCUGUCCCACACCCCCCUUCUGCAGCCGGAACCGGGGCUGUCCCGUACCCCCCUUCUCCAGCCAGCCCCAGGACAGUGCCACACCCCCACUUCUGCACCCCCCUGGCUCUGGGCCAGUCCUGCCUCCUUCCUGCAACUGGCCACAGUUUAGUCCUGCCCUCCACCCUUGAUUUCCCUCAGGGUAGGGAUUAAAGGGUUCGCCGAGAAACUAGGAGAACUCCUGUAGAAGUAACUACAUCCAGUGAAUGCAAGGGAAAUGCAGAAACCCAGGAGGAUGGGGCAGCUCUAGAUGGAGCAUCCCAAGAGUGGAAAAUGCUGUUAAGAUCAACGCUGUUUUACCCAAGGACUUGCCUCAUGCCUGAACCAUGGUUAAACAAAGGAGCACUUCCCGGAAUCCCACUUGGCAUUGUUAUCGAGGUAAGUGCAGAGGGCAACCUCAGCCAUGUCAGUACACAUCAACACUGACAAAUCUCCCCUUGUGGGUGAAGGGAAUUGUGGGCAGGAAGAGGUUGAGGAGAUCAAGCCUGCUCCAGAUUCCCAUUCCCUUUCUGGCUAGGUUCCCCAAAGCCUCAAAUCUAUUCAAGGUGUUGGGAGAAGACCAAAGGAUCCUUCUGUGUGGAAGGGAGGAUACUUCUCCAUUCAGAGGAUUUUUGCCUUCACCUCUGAGGCAAAAACCACCCCCUUAACAGGGAGGCAUGGUUGCACCACAAUGCUUCACCCCAGGAGUGGAAGCCACACCUUAGUUUACAGAACUCCUUUCAAACUAGCUUCUAUAGUUGUGGCCUGAGUUUGCAACUCUUCUCUCUGCCCCAUCUCUUGAUUCGGAGCCUGGGUGCAAGACCACAUCUUCUCCUAGCACUGCAUGCAGUGUGGGGUGUUGGUUUUUUGCAUCCAUUCCCGACAGGGUAUAAGAAACAAGCCUGGGAAACACAGUGGACCAUGCUGUGACCGCAUCCUUGGUAGGGAUGUUCCUGAAUCGGCACACCUGAACCAGGUGAAUCGUUUCGGUACCUCUCUAAUGAGGCGCCAAAAUGAUGUGAGCACAUCCCUUAUCCUCGGUCCAUAGGGCCAUCCAGAGGGAUGAGGACAUGCUAAUGAAAGCAGUCCCCAACCUCUGCUGGCUUUCUGCAGGAACACUUUGGCAUCCGCUCACCCCACCGGGUAACAGUGUGGGAUUAGCUGGCCGCCUUUUGGGGCCGAGUAGGAAUUUUCCCCAUCCACCCAGAUUGGCCUGGAGGUGGCUGGUUUUUUGCCUACUCUACACUGUUGCACUGGUAGGGGUUUUUGAUCUGGCCCAUGUUAGGAGCGGUGCCUUUAAAUAGAGUAGCCCCUUGGUCACCAGCACCAUGAUGGCAGGUCAGAGGAGGGGAUACAGUGCUGCACCCUAGGGGUGGCAGCUCCACUGUGGCUUGGCUACAUUGCAGCUCUCUGUUGAAACUAGGUUAAUAAAUUUAUCGCCCUAGUUUUAAUCCA